ACUGGACCCAAUUGUUCUUGGUCAAAUUCUCUUAUGGUGCUCGUUGAGAGUUGAGACGCCAAACUCAAAAACAACACCACAUUUGACAUUUCUGUGGUGCAUAGCGCUUUGAGCACACAGCCCUACUCCUACUCUCUCUCUCCUCUCUCUCUCUGCAACAACAAAGAUUGGCAUGGCUUCCAUUGUUGCUAGCUUGCCCCCACCAUUGUUGUUACAUGGUAGAAAAACCCUUUUCACAACUCUGCAGAAAGUUCCAGUUUCUUCUAUUAGAGGAUUUUCUCACAUUGCAGAGAGACAGACUCGCGUUACUGUAAUUGUGAAGGCCACUGGGGAAGGAUCUGAGUCUUCAACCUCCCUUAGUAUUGUUAAAUCUGUUCAAAAUGUCUGGGAUAAAUCUGAAGAUCGGCUUGCUCUUAUUGGUUUGGGGUUUGCAGCUAUAGUUGCUUUUUGGGCGUCGGUAAAUGUGAUUACGGCCAUUGACAAGUUGCCACUCAUCCCUGGUGUGCUAGAAUUUAUUGGGAUACUGUUUUCUUCGUGGUUUAUAUAUCGCUAUCUCCUAUUCAAGCCCGAUAGAGAAGAGCUUUUUAAAAUCAUCGACAAGUCCAUAUCAGACAUCUUGGGUCAGUGAAUUAUACUGCCAGAUAACAAACAAUUUUAAUGGAGGGUGCACGUUUAAUGAGUAUUUGGUUUGGGGGGAGGGGGGGAUUGGGAGGGGGGGAUUUUGUUUGUGUUACAGUGGCAAUAUGACCACCAUCUUCUGUAGGUGUAUACAUGAUGAAAUUCAUGAUGUUACCCUUUCAAACUGCUGUUCACAGAAGAUUCAGUGUGUUAUGCUGUUCGCAAUAUUUCUUUCA